AUUCACUCAUCAAUAAACGACAAAAUGAUGUCGCGGGCCGUUGUAUUCGCAACCCUUCUAUUAUUUUCUCAAAUCACCAUGCCUUCGGUAUCUGGUACAAGUUACUUCUGUAAAAUGGUGGACUGUCACAAGAGUAAAGCAGUUUUUACAGGGACAGUAUUAGCUGCUGCUAAAGCAGUUCCUUCUUCAUUAGCGGAAAGCAUUUUCCCAGAGACCGAUGCGGUGGGUAAAGCAAACUUCGGAGUAGAACUGGGAUUGGCCUAAUGGGCAUUUAUUAAAAUACUAUAUUGAAUAUAUUGUACUUACAAAUAAAAUUAAUAAAACUUCUUACAUGAACUUA